AUGCGCCCCGCGCUUCAUGUGACCCCGAAUCUUCAGCGUCUCCCGGAGUUUCCAGGGGACGAGCCACUGGUGGUAGACGAGGACUUUAGUGGCUCGGACUCCAGCGAUGAGGAGGCUGCGAUCGACCUCGCACAGGCCGCGAGCAGCGCAAGAAGCGCUCUGCAACGCCUGGCUGCUCGUCAGGACCUCUUCCUGCCGGCCUCGUGGGCUGAUGAGGACAGCGAGGCCCGCCGUGAUCCCGAAGCUGAGGCCUCUUCUGAGCUCGUGGGGACACUGAGGGAGCUUGCGGAGGUUUCGGCCCACCAUGGGCGGCACUCGAGCCGAAGCCGUAACAGCUCCUCUGGACUGGGUGUUCGGCCCCGUCGUGUUUCCACCUACCCGGACUUCUUGGAGAAGGAUGAUGCGAACCAUUCUGCAGGCCCAGCUAUACGUCGCAUCCGCUCGGCGCAGCACUGUCCAGCGGAGGAGGGGGUCCGGCGCCCUUCCGCUCUGGAGGCAGAGAUGCCGGUCCCUGACGAGGCUUUGCGCUACUCCAAGAGUCUUUCGUAUGACGAGGUCCCAGAAGAGGGCCGGGUGUCACCGCCGGACUCUCCGAAAACUUCGCCAUGCUCUGCUCAGAGGCCAACGGAUCAGGCAGCCGCAGAUGAGGAGGAGCUCUCCGCAUAUCUGGACGCGCCCAGCGGAAUGCGACAGCGCCGCGUCUCGAAGCCUCCGGAGCCCAUCGAAGAGGACAGCACCUGGCACGAGGAACCUGUAUGGGAGGGGCGGCCUAGCGACGCCACCGAGCCAGAACAGCCCGUACCCAGCGAGUCUGGCACGAAGAGUCCCGCAGAAGGGAGCACUCAUGAGGAGGCCAAAGAUGCGUCUCCACCAGAUUCGGUUCCACCCACUGCUGGGCCCAGGGAAGAUCCCAAGAGCCGCGAAGAAGAAGCGAACAUGAGGUUCUCCUUCGAAGCCGAGCUUGGGCCUCCGAUCCUCAUCGAAGGGCAGCUCUGGAAGAAGAGGCCGAAGCUGUCGCGAACGACGAAAGUCUUCAGGCUUCUUCGUCGGGAGGCAAGAGCGCUGCUAUCUCGAGGCGAGGAGUGGCUCGCUGGGGGAGGCUCGCUACACCUUGGCCGGGUUGGGAUCUUGGCUCGAGAGGUGAUGGCCCUCCUGGGCACCCACGACGCGCCGAGGUCACUGGAGGACAGCCAGGAUGUGCAACCGGUCAGCGAGAAAUACGUGGACGACAUCACGCAAGAGCCAGUCUGGGACAAGACUCCCGUGUGUCUGCGCGAUGGAGGCAUCUUGUCCUGGGUACGGCCGAGUAGCGAGCGGCCGACUCUGCAGGAGCGCCACGAAGAACGAUCGCCCACCUUGGAUGCUCAGCGUUUGGGGGAGGUUGGACCUCUUCGCGGCAGCAGUGUCGAGUACAUGGGGCCCCAGCGAAGUCCGCAGACGCCGGGCGGAAGCGACCCAGAGGGCUCUCUCUACGUGUUUCGCAUCUUUCCGACCCACAACCUCCGCCGCCAACCCUUAACAUUUGCAGCAGAGAGUUUGGCGGAUGCGGAACUGUGGAUCGCGAAGCUGCAAGCUGGAAUGGCCCCUCCGCGGCCGCCGCCGCCAGCAGCGCGAAGGUGCGCUCGCCUUGUGGAGUUCUGGGAGGCCAAAGGUCCGCCCCCGGAGGCCGAGCCUCCUCCGGCCUGGCUGCGCCUCGAGGUCCUUCGCACGGCUGGCCUGGUGGCAUCGUCGGAGGCCGGAGAGGCGCGAAACAGCGGCGCCUCGCUUCAGGCAGAAGGAGGCCCGGCCCCGUUCGCGUCUGUGGCCGGGACUCACAACCUCUACGUGUUGGGCCGCGUCCACAGUAGCUACUUUCGCACUGCCACGCGAUAUGGCGUGGAUUGUAGCGGGGUCACGCAGUUCGGGCACUGUUUCGAGCUUCCCCUCGUCCUGGAGAAUCCGGAUGAGCACGUGGAGCUGAUGGUAUACCACGAACCUGAGUACGAUGAUUCUGAGCCAGUUCUCCUAGGUGGCAUUUGCGUGCCCCUCUUCGCGUUUCGGAGAGGGAAGCGCCUGUGCCUUCAAUUGCCCCUGAAGCAGGACGAUGCGACUCGAAGGGGCCUUGUUAAUGUAGCUUUUGGUCACUUGACCAUCGCGGUCUACGUGGAUCAACCACUAGGCCACCUCUUUCUCCCCGUGGAGCCGCCCUUGGACAACGACCAGCCGGCCUCCGCCCAGCGGCCCUCACAGGCCGGCCUAAAUUGGGAGGACCUUGAGAAGCAGAUCAGUCGACUGGUCGAGCUCAUCCAGAUGGUCUUCGGACGAUGGCAGAUGAAUGUCAUUUACGUCAUCCAAUGGGAGUCCUUCUACUACUCGCUCGGCUGGCUGCUGUUUCUGGAAGUUUGGUUUUUAAUCUUCUGGCGCUGGUCGCUGACUGUCCUCAUUGCGCUACUCCUGAAGCGUACGCUGGAUCUGCGGCCGAAGAAGGACGACAAGGCUUCCGUCGGCUCGUCGGAUGUCGAGGUGCGCCCGAAAGGGUCCGAUGCCAAGCCGCGGCGUAGUCCCGACGAGACGACGAGGCGGGCCGGGUCAUCAGAGAGCACCCAGUGUGAUGCACCGGAUGUGGUCAUCUGGGAAGCUGAGCGGCGGUUCAUGUUCGGUGGCUUCAGCUGCGACUACCUGAUAGAAGGUUUCGACGUUGCUCCUUUCAUGGACGCUUUCGGCAACGAAUGUGGUUGGCCGCAGGCCUUUAUCUACCUCGGCGAUGUGAGGUAUCGCUACCAGUGGGAGAUCGUGGUCAAUGCGGAGACCGACGAAAACGGUUGGCAGUAUGCCUUCGCAUUCACCUACGAUGCGCAGUGGCGGCGAACGAUGGACACCGUUUCCACAUGGGUCCGCCGCAGACAGCACCACGGUAGAUGCCUGGGUCUCGCUCCUGAGGACUUCGUGGGCAAAGGCGAUGUUGGGACUGGCAACCUCGGGAUUGGGUCGCCGUCCUUCGACGAAAGCUCGCCUGAGCAAACGAAAGCUCCAGUGGAGAGCAUGCUAACCGAGAACGAUCAGUACAACCGCUAUAUCUCGCUGUACUUGUCCAUCCGCAACGAUGUCGACUUUACCUUGAGUUUGUUGGAGAGGCACAAGAACCUCUUCACCUGGAAAGACCAUGAUGUGUCGACGAUCAUUGUCGUGCUACUGGCAGCGCUGCUGGUUCUCACUUGGAUAGUUCCCACCAGCGUGAUCUUCGCUUUCAUCAUCGCAUUCACGUUCUACAUUGGAAGCGCCAUGGGUCAGCGGAAGCGACAGCACCGGGAAGACUUCCUGAAAGAGCUCAGCAAGCUCAGCAACUCCAUAACCAGCAAGAACAUCGUCUUUAACGGCGAUGAGCUGUGCAAGGCUUUGGAGGAGAAGGGCGUGACGCGGCUGACUCUGCGCGACUGGUGCAAUGCGAACUUCAAGACCCAGUUCAACCUCAAGAGCUUCGACCCCUGCCGAACAUUGGCAGAGCUAGCGGACCUUGUGGUGGAGUCUUCGCCCUUGAUCGAGACGACAGUGAGGCGCUACCGUGCCUGGCAUUCAGACGUCUACGGCAACUUCUUGGACCAUGUCCCUUCGGAUAGCACCGACUAUGACUCAACGUGCGUUUGCUACGGCCUGGGUGGUGCUCCGCUGACGGAGGUUCCCGAAGAGCUGCCCGUGAACGAGGAGCCGGAGGUCGGGGAGCAACCUGGCGAAAAGAAGGAGCCAGAAGCGGAGGAAACUUCGGAAGCCGACAUCAAGGAGGAGCCUGCCGUUCGUGAGGACACAAAGGAUGGUGAUGCUGAAGAUGAGGUGUUGGAAGGAAAGGAGGACUCCCCGGCUGAAAGCUGA